CUCGAAACUGAGUGAAACGUGUGUAUAGGAGUUGCGUGCGGGCAACUCUCACUUGCACAUCAGUUGCUAGAAAUAUUUUCGUGUAGAUGGUUGGUUUGUAUAACGUCGCAAACGAGCGAGUGUGUGUGUGUGUAAAUAUCCGAGAGUCUUGUGCGACACUAACGAAAUAAGCGAAGCUAAGGCAAUGGGAUAUAAUACUUUCGUAUUUUGUUUUGUUCUGUGGUUUAUAAAAAUAAGUGGUGAAAAGCAAAAUAUUUUAAAUUAAUGUAAAUAAUAUUACGUUUUUAGUUUAACGAAAAGUAACGCCUGUGAGAAAUGUUGUAAACCUUUUUGUAAUGCUAUUGAGUGCCAAGUGAUUUUUAUACACACUUUCUUAUUUAUAAAAGUGUGCCAAACGACUUACCUACCGAGAUAAUAUAACAGAAGAUAACAAGGUUUAUAAGAAAAAUGUAAUGAAAAACAUUUAUGCGUAUAUGUGCAUUUGCAUUUUCGAAACAAUUUUAUAUAAAUUUCCAGGCAAUUGUGCAGGUGUAUUAAAAUAAAUAAAUUAAUAUUCAUUAACAAACAGCAAACGCCUUGUUACCAUAAUAUAUACAAUUAACACAAAAUUUAAGCCAAGUACACAAAAGUUCCAAAACAACAACCGUUGCAGUAGCCAGUCGAUUUUUUCCUCACUGAACAGCAGAAUUUAAUAUGAAUUGAAGAGUAGUACAAUUUAUUUAAGGUGCAUACAAAAUAAUUAUUCCUAAAAAUAUCUCAAAAUGUCUAAAGUGUCCGGACCUACUCCUACAAAACUUCCCAGAGCACAUCCAUCCAUUAAAAACAGUCUGGCAAAUGGCUGUUUCACCUUCCUUGUAUACCCCUUCCCUCUCUCCCUACAUUCCAACUUUCCUCAUUUAUACAUACAUGCGCAAAUGCAUGUGUGUAUGUAAUCCUCCCUUACAACAAUUUCACACUCACUCUCCGACAAGCUCUCUGCCAACGCGUCCGCUCACUUGCUUUUCUUCCCAACACUGCCCACCGAAACGUCCGUUUGUGCCAUCGCACAAGUGCAAAUUCAUUCAUUUCAUUGACAAAUGAAAGCAACACAAGCAGCAACAACAAAACAGUAAUCAAAAAUAUUCAGGAAACAUUUAUAGCAAGUAUGUGGUGUGCAUGUGUGUAGCAACGACAACAACAACAAUAACAGCGAAGGCAACAAUACAAAUCUAUAUCACACCGGCGAUCGAGAAAGCGUAACAAACAAAAUUAGCAGUCACAAAAAAAUAAAUUGCGAAAACAAAAAAAAAAGGCAAAACACAUGAAAACGAACAUAAAAAAAAAUUUAAUAUUGAAACACAUGUAAAAAAUAAAAACAAGCCUUCAUAUUGUACAAAUUUAUAUACAUACAAAUGAACAUAUCUAGUAUAUCUAUACACAGUCAUACAUAUAAUAUAAUAAUGAAAAAUAAUUGAAAAUUUGCUCUCGAGCAGCAGCAAUGGAAACUGUGGGAUGAGGGUGGUUGGUGCAUGCAGUAAAUGAAAAACGGAAACAGUCGAUCUAGAAGCUGCCGUAAAAACACAACAUGUACGUAUGUAUGUAUGUACACAUUUGGAUGUUACAAAGAAUGGCAACAUCAAUUGCAGCGUUAGCAACAACAAACUACAUAUAUGUAUAUGUAUGUACAUACUAGUUUAAACAUACAUAUACACAUACAUAUGUAUGCAUGUAGUAAACCACUUGAGUUGGCUCGACAAAACCCACAUUUAAAGCCAAUUUGUAACGAUCGCAAUGGGAAUCAAAGCAGUGGGGCUGGCUGGGCAGACAGCCUCCUUAGUGUGCUUCAACAACGCCAACUACGAUUACAAACCACAACAACUCGAACACAUGUAAACUCGUACAAACAUAUACAUACAUACAUACCAACUAAAUAACAACAGUCGCAACAUCUUUACAACAAUAAUCGUCAUUAAUUUCUGCGUCCGUCAUGUGCCCUGUUUGACUGUGGACCGACGACCACGCUUGGUUAACAAGCCACCACAGCUGUCACUGUAAACGCGAUCCGGUUCGCGAUCCCUCAACACAAGUACGACACACCACGGCGUUCAACAUGGAGAUGGCGGUCCAGUCAGUCUCUCAAUCCAACUAACUAGAAUGUACACAGCCAUAUAUAUAUACACACAUACAAAUUUACUCGCUUAUGUUUAUAUAUGUACAUAUGUAUGUAUGAAUGUAUGAAAUGUUCAGAGUUGUGCGACUUAAAAAUCAGUUAGUGAAGACUUAACUUAACUUAACAUAAGAGGUUUAAGAACUUUUACUUAACACGUCAAUGUUUGUUUAAAUAUCUUCUAUUACAACUGUUUAACAGUUCGGAUCAAAUACAUUUUUUUUUCAAAGAAAAUUUAUCUCUACAUUUAUUUUCAAGAAUUAUAAAAUCGAUUAUAUGGCAAGCCCGUUUUUCCUACCGCUUCCAAUUUACAUAAGACCGAAACUCAACAACUUAAAGUUUAGAGGUUCUUAAGUCUCUUAAGUUAAGUUAAAUUUGAAGUAAUCGUUAAUGCAGCUUACCAUAUAACGAACUGUCUAUUAAAAUAAGUUAAGUUACGUAAAUUAAGUCUACACUAACUGAGUUUUUAAGCGAAUUGGUGAUUCCGCUGCUGAUCCAAUGUUGAAUAAGUUAACUGAUCAUGUAGAUCGUUAACGCAAGCAUGUAUCUACAAACAUACAAACAUACUUACAUACAUGCAUGUAUGAUUGUGUGUUCAUAGCCAAACUGAAAGAGCAAAAAUUGCUCAUUCAGUUCAUUCAGUAUUCAACUGCCACGAACAUAGCGACUGCGACAGCGGAUGAGGGCGAUCAACACGAUUAACAAUAUGAUCAUCAACAUACAAACGCAUACACAUACGUGCGUGUAUGUACGCAUGAUAUUCUUAUAUAUGCUGUGUACCCUUGGGUACGCAUCAACACUGAAUCACACAUAAAAUCAUUGGUUCCUUACCUUAUUGGUUCGGCUACCUUGCCCUGCAUCUUACUAUGUUAAUGAAUUUAACAUAGGCUUAGGAUGCUAACCCAUGGUGUUUAGCAAUAGCAAUCAGGGGUGAACUGUUUCUGAAAAGUGAGUGCUGAAUUCACAACUGAUUUUUUGUCUUUCACAAUUGAUUUCGAUGUUCGAGUCUUCGCUAGUGCAAUUAAAUAUGAACAUUUACUUUUUAACUUUUGAUUUGUGGUAUUUUAAAUUCAGGCCGCCGUAGCCGAAUGUGUUGGCAUAUAAACCUGCUUGAAGCAUUGAUGUUUUUGAAACUGUAUGGUUUCACGAAUCUGAAUUUCCGGGCUGCAUGGCUCUGUUUCCGAUAUUUAUUCUAAAACAGGAAAUAAGAACAAUACUAUACAGAGUUUAAUACUAUGCUUGGCGGCCGCCGUAGCCGAAUGGGUUGGUGCGUAACUACCAUUCGGAAUUCACAGAGAGAACGUAGGUUCAAAUCUCGGUAAAACACCAAAAUUAAGAAAAACAUUUUUCUAAUAGCGGUCGCCCCUCGGCAGGCAAUGGCAAACCUCCGAGUGUAUUCCUGCCAUGAAAAAGCUCCUCAUAAAAAUAUCUGCCGUUCGGAGUCGGCUUGAAAUUGUAGGCCUCUCUCAAAUAGGAGGAGGAGCUCGGCCAAGCACCCAAAAAGGGUGUACGCGCCAAUUAUAUUUAUAUAUAUAUAUAUAAUAUAUGUAUAUAUAAUACUAUACCUUUGAGGGAAUAAUUUGAACGCCAUCAAUAUUCAUUGCUAAAUCACAAAGCCGCUACACAAAACUGAAUUUCAAAUAAGAUAAAUAUGAAAAAAUCUAACGAGAUAGACCUUAUGCAUAUUUACUUUCUUUGUGUAGUUAAAAGACAGUUUGGUGUAUAAUCAAAGGCGAAAUAAGCCGGUUCUAUAUUUGUUAAAGAAAGUUUUCAGAAAAAUCAUAGUUGUUUCAUUCAUAUUCGGUGAAUUUUUUUUAGUUCGAAACCAGAUUUAAAUUUAAAUCCACCAUGAACUGGUAUUAAAGUUGGUUUUAAGCACCAAAAUUGCCCUUAACUAUUGAAAACUAAUAAGAAUAUUUAAUUUUCAAGAUAUUGAAAGAGAUUUUAAGACACCUUCAUCCAUUUGCGUUAGUUGAAAACGUAUUUUAUCAACAAAUACCAGGUUAAUUUUAACCAAGGUUAAUUUUGAGUCACUUUAAACUGAUACUUGAUUUCACCAAAAUUUAAUGGGUAAAUUUUCUUACCGAAAUUAUUCUAAAAAUUCUGAUUAAAAUGUUUGAAAUUUUUAUUAAAAAUUUAUAUUUUAUGAAACUGGAAACAUAUAGCAAGAGACAGGAAUCUCGUAGAGAAGACUAAAACCCCCACGGGUUUUAACGCUGAACGGAGAGAAAAAACAAUAGAAAAUGUGUCAGUUUGUUCAGUUUCAAAAAUUAGCAGUCCGCACAAAUUAAAGUUUUUUAAAAAGUGUGGGUGCAUGUAAAGUUCUGUCUAGACCAAAUUCCUCUGCUUUCGUCUACGUUUAUUUUACUAUAUCCUAUCCGCCAAACCCUAUCCAUAAGCGAAUUAGCUUACCAUUCAUAUUUUAAGUCAUGACUUGAUCACAUCUGAUUUCAGCGAUGAAAAUGCAGCAAUCGCUACCUAUGGUAUGCAGUACCUGAGGCGAUGUAUGUACACUUGCCAGGAAAAGUAUCCGUACACAAUUGCUGAUUUGUGUUAUUCAACAACCAGAGCUUAACAUGAUAUGCAAAAUUCUAGGGUCACUAUCAUGCUGAAACCAGAAUCCCUCACCAAGAAAAUUGAUCCAUUGUUGACUCUAUAAAAGCAAGUUCUCCAACUCCUUGCGUCGCCAUACACCCCCAAAUCAUCACACCUCCUCCACCAUGAUUCACAGUUGGUAAACGAUUUUCUUUUCGAGUGCAGUACCGCUCUUACGACAUACUAAUUUUCUUCCUUUAAUGCCAAAUAUUCAAUAUUUGCUUUCAUCCGAAAAUAGAACACAUUCCCAAAAUUCUGGAGGUUUGUACAAUACAUAUUCGUUUGUAAAAUCCAUGCUUUUUUCUGUUGAUAUGUACGGUUUUCUACGUGCUACACGUCCGCGAUACCCAUAUUUUUAAGUAUUUUACGUACAGUAUCGUCGUGCAAUGUCGGGAAAUGUUUUUAUAUAUUUGAGAAUCCGUAAUUCGAGGAUUAUUUUUCACUGAUUGCAAUAUGGUUCGUUUUUCACGUAUGGUCAGCUUGGUAGGUCGACCAGAACAAUUGAACCAGUUGUGUUGUAUGUUUGCACGACAUACUGCACAGAAGAGUGACUUCUUCCCAUGAUUUGGCCAAUUUCGCGGAAAGAUUUGCCUUCAUUUCUAAGUUUCAGGAUAAUUUUUCUCUCGCCAACACUAAUUUCCUUAGUUUUGAGGGCCAUCACUAUUUCUUGUACACAAAAAAUUUAAAACAACUCCAAAGUAAUGUAGUCACAGCAAAAUCAGUUACAAACUAAAAUAAAACCGUCAACGGGUAUGAAUAAGCCACUGCGCUGAAUCCCUGUUUUUAUGUGUACGGACACUUUUUCUGCUUCGUUGAAGGAAAGUUUUCUGUUUUUGUUUCGUAAAAUUCAAUUUUUAAGAAUGUACUUAGGAAAAAAUGUUUAGAAAUUGUAUAGAAAUGACUGACUAAGCAUUUCUCAUAAAAGUUGAAAAGGUUUUAGUUUUUUCUACAAUGGAUUUCUUAAUAUGUUGCUAUCACUUCUUUGCAUACGGAUACUUUUUCCGGCAAGUGUAUAUGUAGGUAAAUAAAUCAGGGGCAUACUCAAACGAGUGUAGGUCUAACUAUAUGACGACCAACCCGGUAUGUCAGCUUUUAUUGCCGUCAGUUGGCAAGUUUGACUACACAUGUAGAUAUUACGCCUCGUACUAUUACGUAUGUAUGUAUGUAUAUGAACAUGGAGGUAUGUUUGUUUGUAUGGACGCUCAUCCGGCCCCAUCCGUUCGUCUAAUUACAUACAUGGCACGUAUAUAUGCAUAAAUACAAAAACACACACAUACUUAUGUACAUAUAUGCAUACAUAUGCUUACAAACAUCUGUUCACACGAACCUAAGCAACGUAUAAUGGCCGGUCGGCUGAUCAUUCGGUUAUUUUGCUGCCACAGCAAAAAUUUGAGAAUGAAAAAUUCGUUCAAUUAACAAAAACGAUUGAAAAAAAAACUGAAAAAAAGUACGCAAGCGAAGAAAGAGACCAAUAAAAUCGAAAGAUGUAGUAUAAACAGCGGAAAAAUGAAUUGAAACAAGUUCUACCCACAUACAUACAUACAACAUAUAUAUGUACAUACGUCAGUGUACAGCUGUGUGCGGAAAGGGCGAAUUUAAUGUGUACUUCCAGCGAAUUGGACAUGGAAAUAUUCAUAUAAGCAUGCCUGACUAUGCUCACAUUCUCAUAUGCAUACAUACAAAAACACCUAUCUAUGUGCAUGCACAAAUAUCAUACAUACAUAUGUAGGCAUAUCUACACCCAACCAUAAAAUGUUAUAAGAGUUCCAUGUAAACAGGUAUACGCAUGCAACGAUUUACACUUACGAAGUACUUUCAUUUUAUAAAAUGGUAAUCUUUUUGUUGUUGCUGGCAAUCGUGUUGAUCGUUCGAUGGCACCGGCAUUCAUUAAAUUUCAUUCAUUUCGAAAUGAAUUCGCCGCAAGUGGGCGAUCGCCAACACACUGAAAUACUGUAAAAUAAAAACUAAAAAAAGCAUACGAGUGCACAAUGACUAUAAAUGCCGGCAAGGAACUCAGCAUCACAAUGUUUUUUAAUGUUGAGCAUGCAAGAGAGUUUGAGCAUAGUUAUAGGAUUUUAACAUUCAUAGCACUAUGAUCUCUACUCUAGUUUGCUUCUCAUAAACAAAGAAAUUUCCGAAAUCACUCGAAGCGAAUUGGGUUUUUGUUUUUAGAACAUUUACCAAUUCUUGCUACAUACCGCGUCCAACACGUAUACGAUUUUGUUCUCUCUGCCUCUACCUUCGCAAAUUUGUUAUCGUGAACUGCUGCUGCCGCACUCUCUCCACUCAAAUAUUCCCACUCCACACAUACUUAUAGCUUUCUGUGCUCAGUUAUACUCUGCGCCCACUGCAUUCGGUACUUGUGUGCGCUGUUUUCUUUGGUAGUAUAGGUGAUAGAUGGCAUGUGGGCAUUAGCAGCAAGAAGGCAAAAAUUUUGUCGGUUGGCGGCUCGUCGCGCACAUUAGCGUAGUUCAUUUCGCUUAAAAAAGUUUGUGAGUUAAAAACUCAUCAAACCUAGCGCUCGUCGUGCUAUCAGAUCAUAAGCGUGUGGAACGGAUCAAACGGUGCGCGGAUAUUUUAUUUUCCAAUUUUUCUUUUUUCGUAUUUGUACCGAACGAAAAGGCUCAUUCACUGAAAAGAAAACAAAAAAAAAAAAACGCUAUGAAAUUGACGAAAAAUAUACAUUAAAUGUAGUGAAAAGAUUUCCGUCAUAAAAAUAUUCAAAUGGACUAUGUUGUUUUGUUGAAAGUGCAGUGAAAAUAUACAAAAUUCAUUCAAUUCUUCAUGUGCGUCCAAAAAGUAAUAAAAAUUGGAAAAUUUUUAAACUUUUACUUAUUACUUUUUACUGUUCGAAUAGAAAAAAGCAAAAGAAAAUAUUUACACAAUUACCCUCAAGGAAAAAGUGACAGCAACAAAGGAAUUAUCUAGCAUUAAUUGUAAAAAGUUUGCGUGAAAAAUAAUAUUUAUAUAUAAAAAAAUAUUUAACUGCUUUCGUAAUUUUCUUGGAAAAUAAAUUCGUUGAACACGAAUUCGUUGGGCAGUGGGUUGGAAAGCAAGCUAAUACCGGAAAUAUUUUUUUGCUCAACAAAAUUUUUACUUAGUUUUUCUACAAAAUCUCUAAUGUGUGCAUUUGCAUGUAUAUUUUUAGAUACUUCUUCAGCUGACAUAAGCCGAAGUUAAAGAAAUAUACAAAGCUGAAUGGCGAUAAAGUGGAAAAUAAGUGAAAUCAAAACAAGAAAAUCUAAGCAAAAGAAAAACCGAAAAGCAAUUAACAAAAAUUGCCGAUCCAAACGAAAAAUUCCAAAAUAUUACACACAUCCGAAAAAAGAACGUCGCGAGUUUUUUACGUGCUGCGAAUGAAAAAAUUAAAAAUUCAUACAUCAGUAAAAUUAAACAUACACAUAUAUACAUAUUUUAAAAGCCGUUAUCAGCAAGUAUUUUGGCGAAACAGUGUCAAAACAUUAUUGACACGAAAAAGAAAAAAAACGCGAAUGUGUCUGUUAAAAAUUGAAUAUAUUUAAAAUUUACAUUUAGUUUCGUUUUCUCGCCAUUGCAAGGAAAAAGUGCUUAUUUUCUCAUUAAAAAAUUUUCAAGAUACGAAAUUUAAAAGAAAAAAUUAAAAUUAUAUAUUCUGCAAAAAAUUUGAAAAGAAUAAUUUAUAUAGUUUAUUUCAACUGCUUUGCUGACUUGUGGAUGUGUAUUUGUAAAACAACGCUUGGAUUGCUUUUAACAUUUAAUAAAGUCAAUCGCUUCACAUUCAACGCAGCGCUAAUUGAUUACCUUUACUUCGAAUCGCAACCUGUCGAUUUGGCGUCAUCAUUUGCUAGAUUCCUUGAACAACAGAGCAAAAUAAUGAGGGAAACUGAUGGUCCACGGCUAAGGUACCGAGGGCACUGAGGUUUCUUCAACACAAGUUUGAAAAUUACAUGGAUCGUAGAAAUGGCGGCGACAUUUUGGCGCCACCACGGCCCCCAAAGCACUUACCACGUGUACAUCGUCCUAGAGCACCCGAGCCAGAUACUAUGUUAAACGAAAUACAAAUGCAACAGGAGUGGCAGCAGCAACAGCAGCGGGAACAAGAACAGCAGCAAAUGACGACGACGGCAGUGACAUCGGCAACCACGACGAGCACCGCAACACCGCAAUGUACAAAUAGUAAUAACCAGCAAUUGCAGCAUAAUUUCAAUAGCAACAAUUUUCCAAGUCAAUAUAGUAUUACGGGCGUAGACCGGGGUGUUACUACGAGUGGUCAAAAUGAUAAUAUUGCUAUCGCUAAUACACUGAUGCAACCAGAAUACGAAGAUUACGAAAUCCAUCAUUUGACGAUACUGCCACAACGGCCAACUACCCUAAAUCUAAGCCGCAAUAACAGUCACGUAAGUAACACAUCUUCUUCGUCGUCGUCCUCCAUAACUGCGGCAAAUACUUUUACACGGCGAAGGCAAUCACCGCCCACGCCAGGUGCUGCCGCACGACUACUUGUUAACAACAAUACAAUCAGCAGCAACGCUCGAAGUCAGUCGAGCAAUAACAGUGGCCUAAGUGGUGGCAUCACUGGUUUACUCAGUCAUUUCCAUAGCACCGAACCAGCUGUUGCUGCAUCAGUCACGCUGGCUCAACCGCGACCCGAGUCCCAGAGGCUCACCAAUGAGUACGUGGAUACUCCGUUCCGAAAUGCUGUAGGCAAUACGGUCAUACCGAAUCAGUUGCAGCUGCAACACGCUUCCCGUUCACAACAUCCAGCGGGACAGCACGAUGGCGGCCAAACGACAACGCACCAUCUACUACUGUUGCCCCAGCGUGAAUUCCGUCUGCAACAACAUCAGCAUCAGCAACAGCAGCACCAACAUCAGCUACAUUCGAACCGCUUGGCGGGAACAGUGGGUUCGGCGAUCGUCGCGACGGGUAUCGAUGGCACAGACGGCUUCUUACAUUCGAAUCAUAAUCACAAAACGCCCACGUCCACUGCAACAACGACAACAACCUGCCCGCAUACCGGCAAGGUGAUUCCAGUCGCGCAGAAUGGAAACAAUAGCGGCGGUUUAGGCAGCUUCACAAGCUCUCUAAAUACGGAACAGCCAUUUACGCCGGCAAUAACAAAACAACCCGCCUCAACGACAACCAGCCAAACAUCGCACGUCGACAGCAGCAAUUGCAAAUUUGCUAAAGAUUUACCCGCAUUCGAUGACUUGCUAACCAUGCACAAUAUAGCGACAGGCAUCGCUACCCCACAAGGCAUGAUAUCCGCUGUACACGGUGCUAGUCCGCUUGGUACACCCAUUAUCAUUGGUGGCGACACAUCUUCCCUAACUCAGAUCACCUGCCCACGAUGCGGUCAUUGCCGUUGCGAACAGUGCCAAAGUCCACCACACCUGCCGCAAACGUGGCUCUGCAACAAGACCUGCCUAUGCAGCGCCGAAUCAGUCAUCGAUUAUGUGUCGUGUUUAUGUUGCGCCAAGGCAUUAUUUUAUCAUUGCGCUCGCGACAAUGACAUGGACUGCGAUGACGGCUCCGGUACACCAUGCGUCGACAAUCCCUGCUCAUGUGGGCCCUAUAAACGUACACAACGCUGGGGUUGGCUGGGCGCACUAUCGCUUGUAUUACCCUGCCUUUGGUUAUAUUGGCCUAUGCGCGGUUGCGUAUCCUUCUGCGAAAAAUGCUACGGACGAAUUGUAGGUCGAGGUUGCCGUUGCCAACAAACAGAUUCACCAACCAACAUCAUACCAAUCUCGCAAUUGGGUCUAACUGGAAAUGGCAACAGUGGAACGGCAAGCAUUUUAAGCAGCAACAAUGCUGGCACAGAUAUGAUAAAAUCGGCCGAAACACACCAUCAUCAUAAUCAUCAUCACCAUCACCAUCAUAUGCGAAAAGGCGAUCUGACGCCCAAGAAACGACUGCUCGAUUCGAAUGGCGAGUACUAAAAGAAAAUAGAGUAAUAAAUGAAAAUAGAACAUAUGAAUGUUAAGGAACAUGCCAUUUAACUAGCGUACUACCGAGUACAAGUUGGAUCGGGUUAGAAAAAGAAAAAUAGGAACCACUGCAGGCGGUGGGUUGUGGCGAGUGCUAGGACUUAGAAAACGGGAAGGGAAGUAUGAGAGUUAUGUUUGGGCGGAGCGGUAGAAGUCCUAGUUCAGCUGAGUGCAAAUCACGGGAUUUCAGUGCUUAUUGCAAAACACAUUCAGAUUAUUAACGGCGCUAUCGAGCAACAGUAUUUAAAUGUACAAUGACUUGCAUUUAGAAUACAAAACUAGCUUCCAAUCCAUCACCCUCACUGUGACUCUCUCUCUAACUCUCUUUCAUUCUCGAUGCGCCUUCUGUUUGAGUGCACCCUUCAAAUCAGCAAUGUUAGAAGUUUUUUGUAAAUAACUAAAAGAGAAAGCGAUGCCGCAACAAACGUAAGACAACUUUUUUUUCAACAGAUAACUGUUUGUAAAUAAUUAUUUCUUAAAAUAAUAAUGAACAAGCAAUUGAAGCGCGUUUGGGCAAUGAACAGUUGAAGACAGAGAGCAAAUGAAAAGCGCGAUCUGUUGCAGCCUUCAACACUCUCAUGUGUUUAUGUACAUAUACGUAUGAUUGAGAUACAUAUAUUUAGUUGCCAUUUUGUUCGUAUUUUAAUACAAAAUGUACAAAUAAAUUCUAGCCGCUGGAUAGGGAUUGAAAGACGACUGACUCUAUGCUACAAAGCACCAAGCCCACCACCGCGGCAGUUGCCUAGGGGUCGAGGAAGCUAGCACCGCCACAACGUCAAAAUCAAAAACUUUUUGUGCCCAAUUUAUGGGCUAUUUAUGGGCUAAUUUUGGGCCGCGACAAAAAUUUUUGGGCUCUUCUCAAUCUAGAAUCAUUGACACUUCAAAGUGGCGGUGCCAGCUGUAAAAUAGCCAGCACCGCCACAAUGAUAACUCGAGAACGGUUGGUCGUAGAAAAAUCUCAAGCAUAUCAAAAUUUUGGGCUAUUUAUGGGCUUUCAAAUGCAUACAAACAAAACAAAAAAAAACCACCCCCUCUGUGUACACUAACACCCCCCUCCUCAACUUGCGUGAAUAAAAAUUACAAAAAAAUAUAAAAAUUUUUUUUUUUGCAACUGAAUAGUGUUGAGUAGCAAGUAACUUUGAUAAUAGUGCUGUGAAAAAAUUUUAGUUUGUCGUUUUCAUUAUUAUUUACAGGACAUAUGCAUGUGGGGGUGUCAGUUUAUGCAGAGAGGGUGACUUUUUAAAAAUUUGUUUAUAUGGAUUUGAAAGCCCAUAAAUAGCCCAAAAUUCUGAUAUCCUUGAGAUUUUUCUACGACCAACCGUUCUCGAGUUAUCAUUGUGGCGGUGCUGGCUAUUUUACAGCUGGCACCGCCACUUUGAAGUGUCAAUGAUUCUAGAUUGAGAAGAGCCCAAAAAUUUUUGUCGCGGCCCAAAAUUAGCCCAUAAAUAGCCCAUAAAUUGGGCACAAAAAGUUUUUGAUUUUGACGUUGUGGCGGUGCUAGCUUCCUCGACCCGUUGCCUAGUGAAUAUGGGCGAAAGAAUAGAGAAUGAAAAAAGAGGAUACUAAAAUUUUAACUGCAAAAUUUUUAUAAACACAAAAACGCAGAACGAAUGAAAAUAAAAUAGAAAAAAGAUAAAAUUAAAUUAAAAUUACAAUGUUGGUAAGAACAAAGUAAAAGGAGAUGAGAAAUUCAUUAUUAAACCACAUAUACAUAUAUUUUAGAUUAAACAUUUUAAUAACCAAAGACUGCAAACAGAUAAUUAUUAAUUAAUAGAAAUGUUAUUUAACAAACAAAAAAAGAAAAGAAAUUAAAAAGCGUAAUGCCUUCUAAUUUUAAUUGUUUAAUAUUUCAUUGCUAAUGUUUAUUUACUUUUCAUAACAUUUUUUUCUUUACGAAACAAAGUUUGAUUUAAUUUGAUUUAACAGUGAAAAUUAAUUACUGUUAUCCCGUCGCUUUCAUUUUUGACAGUUAGAAAUAUUCAAAACGACAAAAUUUAUUAAUUUAAAGUUUCUCGGACACAUAAUUAAAAAAAAAAUUAAAAAAAAAAAAACAAAAAAAAUUGGGUACAAUAUUUUUCCAUAACAUAUUUUUUAUAUUUUUUUACGCUGUUAAUUUUCUUUUUGUUUUUAUUUGUUCACCAUCUAAGUCAGGUCGAAGUGUCACACAUUGACAUUUACAUUGAAUACUUUUUAACAUAAUUCCAUGAAAAAAAGAACGAAAAUAAAGCAACAAAAAAUAAAUCAAUUGUAUAUAUGAAAUAGAAAACCAGGCUCUUUUAUAGGAACGAGAGAAAAUUAGAAGUAAACAAAACACAAAAAACAAAAACCAUUAAAAAAAACACCGAAACGGAGAAACUUAGAAUCGGAAUAAAGAAUUGUGUGUAUGAAAAAGCUUAGAGCUCGAAAAAACUACAUAUGGUAUACAUACAUAUGGAUAUACGAAUCAAUAAGGCAAUUUAGGAUACGCUUUUGAAGACACUUGCUACUGAAAAUGUUACAAAGAAGGCUUAUAGGUUAUAAGUAUACAUACACACAUACAUCCAUGCAUCCAUGCAUACACACACAUACACACACAACCAUGCCUAAACAUAUAGCGUACAGUAACUUUUUUUUAAAUGUUUUGUUUUUGUCUUGCAAAAGUACACACAUAGAUACAGAAAUAUGUAGAAUAAGUGAAAAAAUAUGCAAACAUACCAAACAAAUGUAAAUCUGUGUUAGUUAAAAACUAUUACCUUGAGUAUUUGGAUUCACUCCAAAAGUCCAACGGAAUACACUCAUAUUUAACAGUUUUACACUCUUUUUGAGCAAAAAAAAAAAAACAAAAACAAAAAAAAACUUUAAUUAUUUUAAUACUUAAAAAACAAAAACGCAAAUGGAUAUCGUAAAUGUGCGGUGUAUUUCAAAAGCUAUUCGAUUUUAUGAAAGCUACUUGCCUUUAAUGUUCGUUGUACUCCUAAUACUUUGCAUUUCAUACAUUAACUAUUCUUCUGAUUUCCUUAGCAAAACAUACAAAAAAAACAAAAAUGAAUUAAUGAAAUUAAAAAAUAAAGCGAAGUAAAUAUUUAAUCAUAAAAUAUACAAAUGAAUAUAAAUACAUGCAACAACAACAUGCUUGUAUGUAUACACAUAAAAAUGGAAAAAUUAAAAAACAAACAAAUAUCGGAACUUCGUACAAUGUAUUUUAUAUAAGAAACUUUUUUGUAGUGUAAACAAAACAAAAAAAAUAGAAAAAUAAGCAAAACCAGAUAUGAAAUUUGCUAUUACGUGUAUUAUAAAAAGAAGAACGAAAAUAAUUUAUGGUUCAAUUGGUUUUGUGAAAUUAUUUUUUAUCUGUCGUAAGUUCAGUUAGUUGUGUUUUUGCAUUUACCGUGAAGUGAGAAUCGCACGCGCAUGAGCUUUCAAACGAUUCAGCUAUUAUAUGUGUGGGAAAAAGUCUCCCAUCUGUGCUUUUUUAGUAUUGUAAUAAUAAUAUAAUUUGUUCGCAUCGGCUGUAUAAUUUGAUUUCACAAAAAGCCAAAUAAAAAGUUUAACAGCUGCGUCAGUUUUUCAGCAUCAUUUUUCAAAAGCUUUUCAAGUUUCCAAAUUCCAGUUUAUGUUAUUAUUUAAAAAGUUACAAUUUUCAUUGUGCCUUGAAUUUGAACUGAAGAAACACCUUUAGGUUUUUGCUUUAUGUUUCUUUGGUUGUGCAACCCAAUAAACUUAUACCACUGUGCUUUUUUUCGAGAAAUGUGUAAAAACGUCUAUGUGGGGCUUUAAUCCAAACUAAAGCUCCUACCGACAACGUACCGAUCCCGCCGGUACGACCGUUAAAUAUUUCGCCGGGACGUCGUAACUCGAGCUUGUUACCACACACUGUUUAAAUCAUCUGAAGAUUAUACUAGUGUGCACUCAACGGCCUCGGUAGUCUAGCGUAAGUGAACUAGCCUGCCAUCCCAGAGGUUGUGUGGGUACGAAUCCCACGUAAAGCACGGUCCUCGCACUUUUCCAAACUUUUUUACUUUCCUAGUUUCUAAACAAAAAAAAAUCCAUUCCUCAACCCCAAAAACCUUAUCCUUCCAAUUCUCACUCCCGCAGAAAAAUCAGCGCAUGAUUUGCAUUUUGACUGCCAACACAAGCAAACAAAAAAAACAAAGAAUGUAGACACAGUUACACAUUGCAUCAGUGGCGCCAGCAAGGGGAAUAGCGCAGACACACCAAAAUUUAGCGAAGUCCUCAACCAUCUGUGUGAUCCUUGUGACAGAAAAAUGUGAAACACAGAUGGCGCUCUAAACAGUUAGAAGGCGUUGUUCCUAAACAACGACAGGUGUAGUGGGAGGACCGGUAUUGACAAGCUAAUACCCUACCUUACCAGAAAGCAAAAAUAGCUUAACGAAACCAACGCAAGACUGAAUCUUGUCGAAGGCCUAUGCUCCCGAGUGGAGUGAACAAGGAAAAAAAAACUCAGCUUUAAAUGAUCAUAGCGUUUUCGAAGUAUUGUACGCAUGUUCAUAGUGGCGCAAAGGUCUGAUUCAUUCAGUACCCGCUAUUCUAGCACUUAACGCAUUGCUAGAAAUGAUACCCAUGAGUAUUGUCAACAAAACUGCCGCUGCACGUGCUGCAAUCAGACUGAGAGACUCGAGUUGCAAGCUAGACUAAGCUACGAACACCACACCUUAUAUACCUUGAAUUUAUACUCGUGGUGGCUAAUCAAUGCACACCCAAGCUGGGUUCGAAUCGGACAUUCUCCAUGCAUAUUUCCUCAAGAGUAGGAUGGGCGAGGUGCAGCGCUAGGAGGCAGGCCUUGGUGAGCCAGUUCACCGUAUAUAGCAGCUUUGAGGUUAAUACUAACUUCAAAGCCGUGAAAUUUCACCAGCAACAUGCAUUUGACUUGUCGUGAAAUGUUGCUACCUAUAUUGAUUGUCAAGUGUGCAGAAACGUCAAAUUUAUGAGCAUCGAAUGUAGACAUAAAAAAAAUUAAAGAAGAUUUAUUUGGGAGGACGUUUCGCUUAAAAAUUCCAUAUAUUCGGAAUAUUCGAACUCAGACACUUUACUCGCAAGCGAACUGUCAGUUUUCUCUCUAUUUUUUAUUUUUUAAUUAAUUUUAUAUAUUUUAAAUGACACGUGCAUAGUUGUGAAAAAAUGUUGCUGGCAUCAUGUUGCUGACAAGUUGCGCGGUAUCUCCACGUAAACUGAGUAUUACUUUGCCGUGAGAUGCAAUUUGUAUGGAUUUCACAGCCAUUUCACGUGAAACGGGAACUUAGUACUAUACUUUAGUUAUUACAUACCUGAUGAAUCUCAUCAGCAGUAUGAGACGUUAACACAAGCGUACGUAGUCAGCGAUCGCUUUUCUCCUGUUACUAACGCCUUUUUUUUCUCUUUUAAAUAUCUCAAAUCUCGAAGCUCUCUAGUGAAUAUUCGACUCAGUUUGCUACGAAUUUGGUUUUUUACUCUAUCGCAAGUUUUUAAUGAAGAAAUUGCUGACGUACAAUAUAAUGACAAUAUAAAGUUUGACUUUCAUUGAAAGCCGAUUAGCGAACUUUUUGCAUACUUUGUUUAUACUUUCUUUUUUUGCGUUUAUUUAUUUACUAAAUUGUAGUUUUUUAUAUUUUAAUUAUUAUUUUUCCCCCUCACUGUUGAAUAAUUUUCUGCUUGUUUCGAAAUUAUUUAAACUUUAUUAGUUGCAAAAAAUUAAAUCACAUUGAAAUCUAACCUAAAGCACUGGCUUGUGAAAAAUUGAUAGACUCUUACAACAAAAGUAACUGCAAAGACAACAUUAACUGUUAACUUAUCACCAGACUCGAUCAUUUUUGGCCUAAAAGCGAUGGACUACAAAAACCAUUAUGAUAUGAACUAGCAAACGCAUGUUGCAUGUGCAUACAUAUAUGUGUAUGUAUAUAUAUAUUUAUAUACAUACAUAAAUAUAUAGUGUAUGUACAUGCGUGCAUAUACAUGUACAUAUAAGUAAAUUAAGCCUAAGCCCUUAAUUAAUCUUAUAUUAUUUAGGUUUUCGUAGCACAAAAAUUAAGUUUGAAUAAAAGUCUACAAAAUUUUAACAUUUGCAUCAUUUUUAUAAAUCUGGAACAUUUUUUUACACUUUAACUAUUUAAAAAAUAACAUUCUUUUAUUUAGAAACUGUAUGGAUAUGUAAAUAAUAUAUUAUAUAUAUCUGUGCAUACGUAUGUUUAUAGUACAUAUGUAUUGUGUAUGUAUAUAUGUAUGUUUAUAUUUGCAUGUUUGAAAAUAAUUAUGACAUGAAUUGUGCAAGCAAACUAAAUUUUAAAGUCUAACUAGGCGAAACUGUAAAUUAUUUCAUGUAAUAGAAAACAUAGUAAAUAAUAAGAAACUAUAACCACUAAACUUAUUUACACUUACAGUUGUAUAUGACUAUGAAAAAUAAAUGUCACUAUCAAAAGCAAAAUUAGGAAUACCUAUAAAUUGAACAAAGAAACAAAAAUCAUAACCCAAUCUAAUUUUAGUUAUUAGUUUUAGUUAUGUCAUUAAAUUUAAAAUAUUUAAUACUAUUAUUAUUAUUAUUAUUAAUAUUAUUACUAUAAUUAAUUAUAAUUACUAUUAUUAUUACCAUUAUUAUUAUUUAAAAUUAAAGAGAAAACUAUAUUAUUGUUACAUAAUGUAAUUAAAAUACAAAUCGAGCGAAGAUAAAACUAAAUUGUGUAUGUAAUUAAAAUAAUAUAAAACUGAGACUAAAUUGACGUGUAAUGCAAAAACACAAAAGAAAAUAUAAAAAAACCACUAAAAAUUAGAAAUCAAUUGAAGCAAACAAAAACGAAAAACCAACUCCUUAUCUUUGUAUGUGUGCAAGUACCCUGCAAGAAGAAAAUGUAUGCGAAACACACACACACACACACGCACACACACACACAUAUGUAGUCAUACAUUUGCAUAACAAAAUUUAACAGUGCACCUUCUUUAUUGGCACUAAUGGAAAAGCCUUAAUGAAGCAAAAGCAGUUAGUAAUUGUACUGUACCUAUACAACAACAAAUUAAACAUCGGUAUACACUAAGAUGAUGUUGAUGUUAGUGUUGAAGAGAUGCGUAUAAGCCGGUGUGUGUGUGUGCGUGUGCAUAUGUAUAUGUAUGUGCGUGUGUGAAUAGAACAAAAUUCGUUUAGAUUAUGUUUUUUCUGCAGGACGAAUAUUAUUUAUUUUUUUUGUAAAAUAUUUUACUACUACUAAUAAAUAAAUCAAAGAAAAAUAGACUCAAUAGGCGAAUGUUAAAAACAAAAUAUUUGUAACUACAAUGCAUAGUAUGUAUGUUAUGCAAUAUAUGCUUAAAUAUACCCAUAUGUAUGUACACGUUAACUAAUAAAAUAUAUAUAUGUACAUACAGUUAUGUAUGUAUGUACAUGUGUACUAUGGCAACCACAGAAAUCAAAUAAAAUAGAUCAAAAAUAACAAAAUUGGCUCCAUGCACGCAUACAUGUACAUAUGUAUGUAUAUCAAAUAUACAUAAAUAGCACAUAUACAAAUGCCCACACAUUCAAACACACAAAAUAAGGCAAAUGAGAAUGAUGUUAAUGAUGAUGCACUCAUAGAGUUGAAGAGAUGACGAUUAUUAUUAUUAAAUAUGGAAUAAAUACACAAAAAAAUGAUAAAAUACUAAAAUUUAAA